CGUCGCCAGGGCCACCGGCACGAGGCCAUGGUCCGAGUCCGAAAGCCGCGGCGGAGCGCUGGCUCCGCCUGUGGCCCGGCGGUCCGCCUCCCGGGACCCGGAGCCGGAAACUUGGCACAGGAAGAACUUCGGCCCCUCCCGGGCCGCGGCUUCUCGCUCCUCCCCGGGCUGGCGCCACCCGCGCGCUGCUGGGACUGCGGCGCGCAACUUCGGGCACUCCCUAAGCGCCUGCCCGAGCUCGCGGGAGCGGCCUGUCGCCCCCCUGCCUGCUCCGGUACCUUCUGUCUGGGCGAGCCGUCGCUCCCGAGCCCCUGCCCGCCGCCCCGGGGAGCCAGGAGCUCCAGCGGUCACAGUAAAAAUGGACCUUUGGGAGACCGGCUGUUAGCAGGAGCUGCCACGGGGCGCCAGACCUCCAAUCGCCAGCUCUUCUGUUCUGAGUAUUUAGGCAGAGCUAUGACUCCAAGAAUCGGGUUCCCGUUCUGCUGCCUAAUGUGGGGACUUCUGUGUCCGCCGUUGUUUCUUAUGGGCGUGACCUGCCACGCCGUUGUCCGCUGCUCGUUGCCACCUGGCCUUCAAGGAAGUGCCCGCCUUUUGCAUCUUUCCACUAACGUGUCGAGCCACGAGCUGGGCUAUUGUGAGGCAGAAGCUAAAUUAGCCUCGUCUCUCGACUUUUGGACUCUGUCCUCUGAAAACCUUAUAGCUGUGUUGCCAGUUGAUCCUGUUCAAGAAAAUUAUGUUCGUAAAGUGAAAAACUGUAUUUUUUCAAUUGCCUUCCCUACUCCCUUCAAAUCAAGAGUACGUCUUGUAGCAGUUUCAAAGGAAGUUCUAGAAGAUAUUUUGGACCUUGACUUAUCUGUCUCAGAAACAGAUGAUUUUAUCCAGCUUGCGAGUGGUGAAAAGAUAGUAUCUGGAUCCAUUCCACUGGCUCACAGAUAUGGUGGGUACCAGUUUGGGAUAUGGGCAGGUCAGCUUGGGGAUGGAAGAGCCCACCUUAUUGGAAUUUACACAAACAGGCAGGGUGAAAAGUGGGAGCUCCAAUUAAAAGGCUCAGGAAAGACCCCAUACUCCCGAAAUGGUGAUGGCAGAGCUGUUCUUCGUUCCUCAGUGAGAGAAUUUUUAUGCAGUGAGGCUAUGCACUCUCUUGGAAUUCCAACCAGCAGAGCUGCAAGUCUGGUCGUGAGUGAUGAUGAAGUAUGGAGAGAUCAGUUCUACAAUGGAAACAUUGUGAAAGAACGAGGUGCAAUAGUGCUGCGUGUUGCAAAAUCAUGGUUCAGAAUUGGAUCAUUAGAAAUUUUGGCUCAUUAUGGUGAACUGGAUUUACUAAGGACAUUAUUGGACUUCAUCAUAUGGGACCAUUUCCCCUCAGUGAAGGUCACAGAACCAAACAGAUAUGUGGAUUUUUUCUCUAUUGUGGUAUCAAAGACGGCACAACUCAUUGCCUUGUGGAUGUCUGUUGGUUUUGCUCACGGUGUUUGUAAUACCGAUAACUUCAGUUUGUUACCUAUUACAAUUGACUAUGGCCCAUUUGGUUUUAUGGAAGCCUAUAAUCCAGAUUUUGUCCCAAACACAUCUGAUGAUGAAAGAAGAUAUAAAAUAGGAAAUCAGGCCAAUAUUGGGAUGUUUAAUUUAAACAAGUUGUUGCAAGCUUUAAACCCCUUACUGGAUCCUAGGCAAAAGCAGUUAGCGGCUCAGAUUCUUGAGGGAUAUCCUGUUCUUUAUUAUACAAGAUUUAGAGACUUGUUCAAAGCCAAACUGGGGUUACUUGGAGAAAGGAAGGGUGAUGAUGAUUUAAUUGCAUUUCUCUUACAUCUCAUGGAAAAGACAGAAGCUGAUUUUACAAUGACAUUUCGUCAGCUCAGCGAGAUGACUCAAAGCCAAUUAGAGGAGCUCGACAUUCCCCAGCAAUUCUGGGCACUGAAGAUGAUUUCGAAGCACAAGCUUUUUCCUGCCUGGGUGUCCCAGUACCUUUUGAGACUGAACAGUAACACGAAUGAUUCAGAUUCUGAAAGAAGAAAAAGAAUGACAACUGUUAAUCCUAGGUAUGUCCUGAAGAACUGGAUGGCAGAGUCUGCAGUGCGAAAAGCAGAAAGGAAUGAUUUUUCAGAGGUCCGUCUUCUCCAGCACAUUCUUCAGCAUCCUUUCCAGAAGCAUUCUGCAGCUGAGAAAGCGGGCUACUCCUCACCUACUCCUUCCUGGGCUAAAGACCUCAGAGUUAGCUGCUCAUCUUAAUUUAGGGUAAAUAAAUUAAGGACUACUGUCAUUGAAUUCGACAUAGAAUGAUCUAUUCGAUAAAUUCUUAAUGACUACAUUUUGAUGACAACCCCACAUUUCAUAAAAAGGAUUAUGUAUGCAAAUAUUUUUUAAUCAAAUAAACUGGACCUAUUCUUUGGAACAACUUUAUGAUCAUUUUUGUUCUAAUGAAUAACUUUAG